AUGAACAACUACAUGUUAAUGCACCAGAACAAUUAUCAAUACCCAGUGCAGGUUCAGACACCAGUUCCCAUGCCAAAUCAUCAACACCAACAAGCUGGCGCAGCUCAGCCGGCAAACCAUAUAUUACCACUUACUUCUAACGCUAAUGCUGGGUACCACAACACAAAUGUAGUAAACAGCCAAGAGAGGGGAAACAUAACCUUACCACCUAUCUCGUCGAUUGUAGGAAACUGUGUCCCACCGCAAGCACAACAACAGGAUGUGUGCGUCCAGGCUCACGUCGCCGAACCAUACCCACAAUACCAGAGCAUUACGCAUAACAAUGGUAUGAUCAAAGGUGGUCAGCAAUAUCACUACUACGUUCCUCCACCAAGGGCGAUCACACCAUGUUUGUCUUCUCAGGGAAGUCCAAGCUUCUCACAUUCAAACCUAGUCAUGGUACCAAAGCUGGAUAAGCAAACUAGCUACCUAAACGCCAACGGUACAGUGGUAAUGGAUCGUACACCAUCAAAUUACUCCAACAGCUCACUGGUGUCUUACAACUCCCAGAAUGCAGAAUCUCCAGGUAUGACAACACCAAUGUCUACACCACCUUCCGCAUUCUCAUCUAGAUCAGCAUCGGCAUCCGGCAUGCCUAUGCCAACUGUAUUUGAAGGGCGUACAACUGACAUCAGUAGAACUGCCUCUACAUCUCCAAAGACACCAUCGCUACCGGACUCCUCAAAGAGUAUAAGGAAGAGCACAGAAGGUAUUAAGAAGAGCAAGAGCAAGAGCCAAUCACCAAAGACAAAGUCGAAGGUUACACCAACAAGCAUUACUGUUAGCGCCAUUGAUGAGCUCUCGAAACUGAGAAAACAAUGUCCUGUCUGUGGCAAAGUUUGUUCACGACCAUCAACACUAAAGACACACUACUUGAUCCAUACUGGUGACACUCCAUUCAAGUGUCCAUGGAAGGAUUGUAAGAAGGCAUUCAAUGUCAAGAGUAAUAUGCUGAGACAUUUGAAGUGUCAUGAGAGGAAGAAACAAGCAAAAGCUCAGGCAGCCUGA